UGGAAGGAGACCUUGGCGUCCCCCGCGUCGCCUAGGUAACCCGGACCCGCGAAAGCAGGCAUGGCCUUCCGCAUCGGAGGAAGCUGGGGUCAGCCCCCGCCACAGAGUGCAGCCCCGACGCCCUGCGUGACCGUCCUGCAGCCCCUCGCAUGGGCCGCCCCACCUCCGCCUCCGCAGCCCGGCCGCGUGAAGGAAGACCUGCUGGAACUGAUGUUGCUGCAGAACGCGCAGAUGCACCAGCUGCUGCUGAGUCGCCUGGUGGCAGCAGCGCUCCACCCAGGGCCAGCUCCUCCCGGCACGCAGGUCUACCUGGAGGGUCAACAAGAGGAGUAUGAGGAGGAGGAGGAGAUGCAAGCCCAGGAGGAAGGGCCUUUGGUGUUCCACCACCACUACCUCCCCUGCCCGAUGCCCAGGCCGGGUCCCCUGCUACCCUGGCCAGUCCCUUUUCUUUCCCCUCCCCCACAUCAGCCUUACUUGCAGGACAUGUCCCAGAUUCAGCACCGCCCUCCUGCCCCUGGGAGAAGGGGGUCGUAAGUGAGGCUGGGGGAUCUGGGCAUUGC